AUGUUGCUUACUCGGGCCUCUUUGCUAGUCGCUUUGGCUGGAAGUGUCCUGGCUGAUCUGCACAAUGUUGCAGUUUGCGUCUCCAAUAGAAAAUAUUCGGCGAUCGGUGGCACCCCUUUCAGCCCCAGCAACUCAUGGGCAAAGCAGUAUGAGAUUCUACCGGACGAGACAAAAUGUGCCUGUGACCUUUAUAAACAGCGCAAUACGGGUGACAAACAAUGGGACCAAUGUCCCGAUUGUACCUUUGACGGCAACUACUGUAAUUCUGCUGGAUGGCAUAUCGGUGGUGACGAGAGGGGGCGGAAGGCAAUUAGCACGAAGCGAACAAAGAGUGAGGUUUGA